AUGUCAAGCAGCGGCAAAAAACUGACAAUUGAGGAGAGAUUGUCGCUAGCUGCGAAGAGCAGAGCGAAGCGGAAGGGAAAGAAGUUGAAGUCUGGAAGUGGUACACCGGUGGUUACGAGUGCACCGGGUUUAAGAGACCAAACUCCUGAUUUUGGAUUAAAGAUUGAGGCGGAUUAUGAUGAUGAUCGGGACAAAAAUGUGGAAAUCGGAGCGAACUGGUCAGAAAGCUUUACAAGGGCAUUGCCCGAAAACUUUAGGGAAAUGCAGUCGGAGGAGGUUGUGGCGGUGUUGAGACCUGUUUUUGACGAUAUUCUUCAAAAACUUAAUGAGACUCAGAGCACACUGGAAGCGUCUGCAGAACUUUCGAGACCGGGUACGAAGGACAGCGCCCUCGUGAAGUUACUCCAGCAGAAAGAUUUGCAGAUCGAGAAUUUAAAGCAGGAGGGUGAGCAACUCUCGGUGCGAGAAUUGAAACAGAAUAAUCUGGUCAAGACGUUGCGUAAGACCGUGCAAACUCUAGAAACAGAUCUUGAAUUGGAAAAAGAAGUCAUUCACGAGAAGCAGAAUGACCUGAACAAAUUUCGAGACCAAAACGACAAAAAUUCCGAAGAAAUUUUGAUCCUAAGGUCUCGACUAGAAAACUCUAACAAAGAACUAAAUGCCGUUGUAGAUCGCCACGAAAACUUUGUUGCCCUGGAACAUGAGCCUCUACGGACGGAGGUAUUGUCCCUGAGGAAAGAGAAUCUAGAACUCAAAGCUGGUUUGGAAAAGAUUACUGAAGAGGCAACGACCACUUCCUCAGUGCUUAAAGUCAAAUAUGAAGCGUUGCAGCUUAAUGCGCAACAAGAAAUUACGAGGCUUGAGACCGAUAUAGAGCGGUUACGCAUCGAGGUAGACAGUAAUACGUCCAAUCGGUUAAAUGCAAACACAAAUUCGGAUAUGAAUGACCACGAAAGGAUUGUGAGAGAUUUCACAAAACUCGAGGACGAACAUAAGGCCAGCACUAGAAACUGGUCGACGAUCGAGGCUGGCUUUAUUAACAGAAUCGCAGCUUUUCAGGCUGAGCUGGAGAAAAGCUCAGAGACUCAAAAUUCUCUGAGGGACUCUGUUUUGAAAUUACAAGAGAAGAACGAAGAUCUGGCGUCACAGAUCGAGAGAUUCACUGCAGAAAACACGGCACUGAAGAAUGAAUACCAUGAACGCAAGGAAGAAAUUUCAAUUGUACAAGCGGCUUUAUCAGAAGCUCGCGAGGAUUACGCAUUACUUGCAGAAAAAUAUAGCUUCCAGAAGAAACAACUGGAGUCGAAUAUUUCAAAAGAAGAUAUCAAUGAUAGCACUCCAGUUCCGGUUGAAUUGAAGUCACCAUUGAUAGAUGACCUUGGUCGUGUAGAUCCCAUUUCCCAGUGGAGUUUAAGUGCAAGCGCCGAACUGGAGACUGGUUCGUUGAAGGAUGCCGAGUACGAGUGUGAGAAAUCGGAUUUGGAUAUUGCUGAUCAAAACAUCAGCCAAAUUAGUGGAGACGUUGCAGAACUCGAUCUUUACGACAGAAAGCCAAGCCUCGCUUCGAUAAAUUUUACGUCAUCUCAGCAAUUUACCAAUCCUCAAAGUCAAACUCGUGGCCAAAUGAACGCCCAGAUGGUCAGCAAAUUGGGUGGUGAAGUGAGGAGAUUGCAGACAGAACUCUCUUCGUUACAGGACUCCUACGAAGCAUUGCAAAAAUCCAAAGACGAUGCGAAUGAAAGCAUCUUAAAGCUGAUAGAAGAAAACGAAAAAGCCAAAAAGUGUGAAAGCGCACGCUUCAAGCUUGAACAAGAUGUCAGUGAUCUCGAAACUAGACUUGAAGCUUCUCUUCAACUUUUGGGUGAGAAAACUGAAAAAGUUGACGAAUUGCAGAACGACGUGGACGAUUUGAAGGAACUGGUUCAAAUGCAAAUACAACAAAUGGUUGAUAUGCAGGAAAAGGUCAGAUAA